AUGGAUUUCGAUCUCAUUGUUCGUAAUGGCACCGUCGUGACUGCCUCGGACAUUUGGGAGUCUUGUGAUAUUGGAGUUAAAGAUGGAACCAUUGUCGCUGUUGGUCCUCGUCUUCCAGCCGCACCCGGCGCGCAAGAGAUUGACGCUGAAGGGGCUUUUAUAACUCCUGGAGGAGUCGACGCUCACGUUCAUCUGAGCCAGGCAAGUGUGGACAUUGAUCACUCUAUUGUCACGAAUGGGGUCGUCCCUGAUCCCGAAAACUUUGUCGGUGACACGUUCGAUACGGGCACGCGCAGUGCGGUAGCUGGAGGAACAACAACAGUUAUUACGUUCGCCUCUCAAAUGAAGAAGGAUGAGAGCAUCAUUGCUGUUAUCGAAGACUAUCACAAGCUCGCCAAGGACCAGUCCUACUGCGACUACGCUUUUCACGUCAUCAUUUCCAAUCCGACACCCCAAAUCGUCGAAGAUGAAUUCCCCCGGAUGGUCAAUGAGUACGGAAUUACGAGUGUGAAGCUGUAUAUGACAUAUAAGCCAUUGAGGCUUCAGGAUUAUCAAAUUCUCGAUGUCAUGUAUUCCGCCCGGAAACUUGGUAUCACUACGAUGGUGCACGCCGAGAAUGCCGAUGUUAUCGACUGGAUGACACAGCAUCUGGAACAGAAGCUCAUGACGCAUCCUUACCACCAUGGUACAUCUCGACCUCCGAUCGUGGAGGCUGAGGCUACGAACCGCGUCAUUUGUUUAGCUGAACUCAUGGAUACGCCAAUUCUGCUUGUACACAUAUCUGGUGGGCCUGCCACGAAGCACAUCCGAGACGCACAAACGAGGCUGCUUCCUAUCUACGGUGAAACAUGUCCCCAGUACAUGUUCCUUCUCGCUGACUCGAUGCGAAAGGGAGACUUCGAAGGCGCGAAGUGCAUAUGCUCGCCUCCGAUCCGGGAGGACAAGUCCGACCAAGAUGCUAUUUGGGCUGGGGUCAAAAACGGAACGUUCACCAUCGUUUCUUCAGACCACGCUCCUAGCAAAUUCAAUCAUCCAAAUGGAAAGCAACGCGGGCUCAAAGACGGAAACCUUCCAUAUGGGAAAUUCCGUCUCAUCCCAAACGGGCUGCCUGGUGUGGAGACCCGUAUUCCGCUUCUCUUUUCCGGUGGCGUCCUCUCCGGACGCAUCUCCCCACAGAAGUUCGUCGAGGUCACGUCCACAAACCCAGCCAAACUAUACGGAUUGAAGAAAAAGGGCAGCAUUGCCCCUGGCUUCGACGCUGAUCUGGUCAUCUGGUACCCGCAAGCAAAGUUCCAGCCAUUCAAGCUCACGAACGAAAUGCUGCACCAUGCUGUCGACUAUACACCUUUUGAGGGUAUCGAGUUCAAGAAUUGGCCGAAGUACACAAUCAUCAGGGGUAAGGUGGUAUUCAGCCAUGGGGAGGUAGUUGGGGAAAUGAAGUACGGUCAGUACAUCCGGAGGGAGCAGAGUCUGCUUCCAGGACCAAGAGAUGUUUGGUUGAGCGAAUGGCGGCCCUAA